GCAUGGACAGAUAACUAGAGGGAGCUCAGCCACUGCCAAGUUCCCACCCAUCUGAGAUUCAGCAUCACCAAGAGAGGCCAAUGCCUUUCUCUCUCUAAAAAAUAAAUAAAUAGCGGUCAAUGAACGCAAUUCAUUGCAUUUACUUAAGGAUUAGUCUGACACGGACUUUUAUUUUUAAGCUUUUCUAGUUAUAUUCAAACCUAGUCUGUUUACCCGCCUGCGCAGUUCAACAAGAAGAUCACAGGCUGGCAGAUGUGAAACAGACCCGAUAUUUAUUGUGAUGAAAGGGACACGACAGAAUUGCCAUCGAGGGUUUAUGUGGGAAGACGUGCAUGGCGUGCAUCCUGUGAAGUAACCUUAGCAACCGGAGAAUCCUGAACAUCCUGCAUAUUUGCUUUACGUAGAAGCAUUAUUUCAUCGCUGACGUCCCCUUUUCAGCACCUUGGACAACGACGAGCACGUUUCACAGUGCGACACUCUGAGAAAAAAGGAUAAUCGACGGAUAUUUCUAUACCGAUUCUUCUUAUUUUAUAUCUACGUUUAUCACCGCGAGGAAGACGCAUUGAUUAGCAGAUUCCAUAUCUAAAGACCCUGUAAUAAUCAAGGCAAAAUGGGAACUGUUCUCUCAGUCUCCCCGAGCUACCGAAAGGCAGGCCUGUUUGAUGAAAUACCACCCCAUUAUACAGCUGUGCAAAACAGUAAAAAUGCCAAGGACAAGAGCUUGAAACGGCAGUCGCUUAUCAAUAUCUUGCCGUGGAAGCGCAUAGUGGCGGCUUCAGCCAAGAGGAAAGGCUCUAAGAAGCUGGCGUCGGGCGACAGUCAAGAUGAAGAGAGCGUGGACACCCUCAACAGCCAAAACCUGAAGAAGUCCCAGUCCUGUGCCAAUCUCUCCGGCUUAACGCAGGAGCCGACCGUGAGCUCCAUACCCACAUCGAAAACUACGGCCAAUGUGGCCUCCACUGCGAAGAGGACCUCGAUCACUGGAUCGGUGGGUCAAACGACCAACGCUGGCACACCCAAAAGAGUGAUCGUGCAGGCUUCCACCAGUGAGCUCCUGAGAAGUUUGGGCGAGUUCCUGUGCCGACGCUGCUACCGACUGAAGCGCCUCUCUCCCGCCGACCCUGUUCUGUGGCUGCGCAGCGUGGACCGGUCCCUUCUGCUGCAAGGUUGGCAAGACCAGGGCUUCAUCACCCCAGCUAACGUGGUCUUCCUUUAUAUGCUCUGCCGCGAGGUCAUUUCGGGCGAGGUGUCCAGCGAACGCGAGCUGCAGGCUGAGCUGCUCACUUGCCUCUACCUGUCCUACUCCUACAUGGGAAACGAGAUUUCCUACCCGCUCAAGCCCUUCCUGGUGGAGACGGAUAAGGAUGCCUUUUGGAAUCGCAGUCUGGCGAUCAUCAACCGCAUGAGUAGCAAAAUGCUCCAGCUUAACUCUGACCCCCAUUACUUCACGCAGGUUUUCGCUGACCUGAAAAACGAAAUUCUAAAGGAGGAGGACAGCCGGCUACUUAUCGGCCUGGAUCGAUAAGUGAGCCGUUUGUGCAUAAACAGGAAAAAACUGUGCAUAAAAAGGUUUUGUGCACAGAAAAAAAGAAGUUUUUUUUAGAACAAAAA